CGAGGUUAUAGAAGCGGAUAAUGUCGUUAAUUAGAAAUAGUUUAAGAGUAGCCUCCAGGUCAUUACCUAGAGCUGCCAGCACCAUACGCCCAAAUACAUCCCUUUUAAGAUUUAAUUCAACCACUACCACCACCAACCCAUCAUCUCCACAACAACCAAAUGACAUACAAUCAUCUAAAGUCAGUUUGGCUGCUCAAAUAUAUCCAAUAAAUAAAGACAGUAUAACUGAAACUGAUGUUGACCAAUGGUUAAGCGCAGUUAGAGAGUUAAAGAAAGGUAAGACUCAACACGAAACCGCUGAAGAAAUCUAUCUUGCCGAAUUAACCAACCCAGAACAAUUUUUGCAAGACAAGUUUGAACCAACUGAAGCACAACUUGAAGAAGUUCAAGCUUAUGCUGAUAAGAAAGUCCCAUUAAGAACUGAUCCAACUAUUGAUUAUUUAGUCAACCUCCUUAUGAGACAUGGUAAGAAACAGCUUGCCAGAAAGACAUUAUCAAGAGCACUCUAUAUCGUUCAUUUAAAACUUAGAAAAGAUCCUAUUGAAGUGUUGAAACAAACCUUAGACCAAUUGGCUCCUAUAGUGAAAACAUCCACUUUAAAGACAAAUACCGCCAAGAAUGUUAUCAUUCCAGUUCCAUUGAAUGAAAAACAAAGACUUAGAUUUGCUUGGUUAUGGAUUUUAGAAGGUGCAGAAAAGAAGAAAUCCUCAGACAUAUCUGUCAGAUUGGCCGAAGAAAUUAUCCAAUCUUAUGAAGGAAAAUCUUCUGGUUAUGAUAAGAGAGCAUUGAUGCACAAGCAAGCAACUCAACAAAGAUCUUAUAUCAAGACCCAAUCUAGAAGACGUUAAGCGUUUUAUUGUACAUAGUUAAUAACAUUUAAUAUUUAGGUCUAU